ACUGAGGAGGAACUGAGAAUGAAUGACCCGCGUUCAAACAGUGACCGUGAGUUUCUGUUGGGAAAGCAUCAAGAUCUGCGGCAAACUGUGCAGGAUUGCCUUCAUCUCCAAAAUCCGGGUUGCAGCCGGAGGAGGAGAGUCUGACGGAGGAGCAGAGGAAUGUUGGCAGCCAUUUAGUCUGAGCUCAACAACGGAGGAAACAUGGAUUCUUCACAAAAAAAAUGUAAACACAACGAUGGAGUGGGAUGUUGGACCUCUGAGGACGAUAAGGAUGGUUCAGCAACAACAGCAAAAAGAGAUGAAUCACUCAGUUGUGAGCAGUGUGGCAAGACUUUUAUCACAGCAACAAAGCUAAGAAUUCACAAACGUAUUCACACUGUGGAGAAACCAUUCGGCUGUGAUCAGUGUGGAAAGGCUUUUACUCACAAGAGUGAUCUAGCAAAACAUCAACUUAUUCACAGUGGAGUUAAACCAUUCAGCUGUGAUCAGUGUGGAAAGGCUUUUACUACCAAGAGUCACUUAAAAAGACAUCAACUCAUUCACAGUGGCGUUAAACCAUUCAGCUGUGAUCAGUGUGGAAAGGCUUUUACUGACAAGAGUGCGUUAAGAAGUCAUCAACUCAUUCACAGUGGAGUUAAACCAUUCGGCUGUGAUCAGUGUGGAAAGGCUUUUACUCGGCAGAGUAGUCUCGCAAAACAUCAACUCAUUCACAGUGGAGUGAAAUUGUUCGGUUGUGAUCAGUGUGGAAAGGCUUUUACUCAGAAGGGUAAUCUAGCAAGUCAUCAACUCAUUCACAGUGGAGUUAAACCAUUCAGCUGUGAUCAGUGUGGAAAGGCUUUUACUAACAAGGGUAAUCUAACAAGUCAUCAAUUCCUUCACAAUGGAGUGAAAUUGUUUGACUGUGAUCACUGUGGAAAGGCUUUUUCUCUGAAGAGUACGUUGAGACAUCAUCAAAUCAUGCACAGUAGAUUUAAACCAUUCAGCUGUGAUCAGUGUGGAAAGGCUUUUACUCAGAAGGGUAAUCUAGCAAGUCAUCAACUCAUUCACGGUGAAGUUAAACCAUUCAGCUGUGAUCAAUGUGGAAAGGCUUUUACUCAUAAGAGUCACUUAAAAAGUCAUCAGCUCAUUCACAGUAGAGUUAAACCAUUCAGCUGUGAUCAGUGUGUGAAAACCUUUACUCAACAUGAACAGUUGUUGAUCCAUCAAUGCCUCCGUUCUGGUAAAAAGCGGUACCACUGUGACUCCUGUGAAAAAACUUUCAACGACCAACAGAGCUUAAAAUGUCACCAACGCAUACACACUAGACAUGAUGUGUACGUAUGUGAUCACUGUGGUGAACCAUUUGUACGGUACUCAGAGUUAAAAGCUCAUGAAGUGACCCACACUGGGGUUAAACCAUACCUUUGUGACCAGUGUGGGAAACGCUACAGCUCCACUGCAUACCUCAAAGUUCACCAACGUGUCCACACUGGGGAGACACCAUACAGAUGUGACGAGUGUAAGAAGACUUUUACAACUUUGGGUUCCCUGAAACAACACCAGCAGAUCCACACCAGAAAGAAAGCAUUCAAUCAGUGUCACAGUGAGCAGAACGGAACAGAUGGACAAAACUCUCAGACUUGUCAGCACUCUGCCAAUGGUGAACACUGCUGCCUUGACCAGUCUGGACCAACGUCCAACCAACAAGGAACCCUACAAUGACACCAGUGUAUGCACAUUGGACACAGACUGAACCCCUGCCAAGAAGAUUUCUCCAUGCAGAGUUCAAUAAAAGUUCAUGAAGUCCUUCGCAAACUUAAAGUCCUUGAGAUCCGGCUUCACAGAAUUCAGGUCUAAUGUCUUGUUUAGUGUCUUCGUUGCUUUGUUGCCAAAUCCAUUAAGAGGAAAGCUGUCGUUAACAGACGUGACUGGUAAAUUAAUGAAACCAUUCAAAGUGGUUACUCAGUUAAAUUAAUUAUCAGUGGUCGAGGGAUAGACGUCUGAAAGGAGGCAGUGAGCAGCAGGGCGAAUUUCCUCGAUUACCACCUUAAUCGUUCCUCAGAUCCCUCUGGGCUGCAGGAACCCGUUAGAUGCAGAGCUGGUUCAGUGAUUCUCUGAUGAUUAAUCAUAAUUAAUUUAAGAGAUUACUGGCCUUCGGAUUCAUAUCUAUCUAUCCCUCGACAAUGAUGAAGAAUCUCCAAUAUUGAACCAGUAGAUCAACUAAUCUGAUUAUGUGUGAGUUGAAAUUUAAAAAAAACAUGAAGUAUUGGAUGAAAAGUCCCAUCUUUGAAAGCUGACACGUAGUUUGAAUCAUUUCUUUAUAAAUUAGCUGCAUCCAGUCAUAACCAUGACAUUGGCAUCAUGGAACCAUGACCACAUAUACAGUGCCUUGUGAAAGUAUUCGGCCCCCUUGAACUUUUCAACCUUUCGCCGUAUUUCAGGCUUCAAACAUAAAGAUAUAAAAUUCUAAUUUUUUGUCAAGAAUCAACAACAAUUGGGACACAAUCGUGAAGUGGAAUGAAAUUUAUUGGAUAUUUUAAACUUUUUUAACCCUUUAAGGCCCCACGUAGCGCCGGCGCUACGUUUUGCAUAUUGAUUUUUGAUUGGCUGUCGAUUUGAAACCAGAUAAGAUAGAUCAAUAAUUCUUUUUGCAUAUAAAAUCUGGGGAGUCAGUCUAUCAUUUCACACAUUUACCAGGUCUCAGAGUGUUUUCUCGUUGCAGUGAUGGGUUUGUAAAAAUACACAAUAAAGCGCACACGGCGUAAAUCUAUAUAAACAGAGACCGCGGGUUUUUGCAGGGCUUCUCAGUUGAAAUAAACGUGAUCACGGUGUGGCCACAACCUGUCACAUGAUUCUUACGUGUCCAUACCUGAGAGGCUCCCGUCCCCAAUAACAGGAAGUGACGUGUUUGCUGGGAAUUGUAGUUUUUCCGCCAAACCCGAAAAACAGCCUGCACAGAGGCGCACUCUCUCCCUCGGUUUCACCCCUACUUUAUUUUACAAAAACACUCAGACACACAGCCCACACACACCAGACAUCCAUCAAACACACCUUUGACCCACUAUCACACAGUUAUGGAGCCACAAAAACUUGGUUGCGCCAAAUUAUUUUACAUCUGCCGCGUAGUUCUCCAUCAACUUACAGCGUUGGAUGAAGCGUCCAGCCACCCAUCUGGCCUCGAUUCUGUCACCAGCACGGAUGCAGCCAACCGUAUCGAAGGAAUUGAUCAUUCCAAUGACAUGUAAGUAUAUAUUCAUGAGAAGUUGCUUGUUUUGAGUUGGAAAAAAGUAAAAAAAAAAAAAAAAAAACGUGAUAUACAUGUAACGCCGCCGAAAGCAUACUGCGCAAAAUACGCAUCAUUUUUACAAGUCAUGCGCUGCAAACAUCUAACGUAACGCAAAACUUUUUCUGUGUGCAGUGUUGACAAUGUUGGAAAGAAGUAUUAGGAGGACGAGGAGGAGGAAGAGGAGAAUGGAGGUCUCCUGCUCUCCUGGUACCCCAGCGAGAGCCAGAGGGAGAGGCAGAGCCCUGGCUCCAGCCAGGAGAGGCUGCAGCAGCCGCUCCACCAGCGAGCGCUCUAGGCCAGAGGCACUUCCUACAGAUGGCUGGAAAACUGAGAAGGACCCUGACAGCUUACCUUCUCUGCCACAUUUCCUGCCUAAAAGGAGGCCAGAUGUCCAGCCACCUCUGUUAGAAUAUGUGGACAACCCUUCUCCAUCAAACUGUCCAAGUACUUGGACCAGGCAGCCCUCAAAACACUGUUUCUGAUUGAACUCAGUAAAAAAGAUUUUCUUUUAUUUUCAAAUGCACUCUUUAUGGUCUUAUCAUGGUUUUGUACAUAAAAUAUGUGUUCAUAAGUAUCUGGCGCAAUUAGAAAUUUGAUUGCACUAUUUUAAAUAGUUUCUUUUGAUACCAAUGUUGUGUCUUUGCAAAUUUUGCAUUGUUCUUUAUUUUCGGGGGAUUUUCAGUUUACAAAAUUGACCAUAUCUCAAAAAGCAAGUGAUGUACAGACUCCAAAUAAAUUUCCUGUGGUUCUAAAGGAUA